AGUGCUUGUGCGCACCGAGGCACUCUCCGCCGCUCUUUAUCUCUCUCUCUCUCUCUGCAUCUCAGAUCAACUACACUUUCACCUGUGCUGGUGUCUCGCCGUUUAUCUUAGCUGUUGACGUCCUCGGUUCACUAGUGCGUUUCUCUGGACCCCUCUUCCCUCCCUCCCCCCUCAAAGAAGAAUAAACAGUAAGAAAACAAAACCGAUCACCUUGACUGGUGCUUGCCGCCGUGGACAGCAGUAACGGUCGUUUCUAUCUUUCUUUAUUCCUUUUCUUUCUAGGAAACGAACAGCAAACGCCCUAACACCAACGUCUCACAGAAUGGCAGACGCUGGCGGACGCACCACGAAGCAGACCUACGUGACCAAGUACACGACCGAUGUAGAUCCGCGCGGGCUUCCUGACUUCGCCUCGCGCGGUGUCGUGACGGGGGAUGAUAAGGACGGCAAUGACGACGAGUGGCAGCAGCAGCAGCAGAGCGACGGCAGCCGGCGACCGUCACAGCAGCAAAGACGGCCUCACCGUGGCUCCGUCGGCGCACCACCCCCGCCGCAGCGCCGACCCACGCACUCCCCCUCUCACUCCGCCAGCCCCGCGUCCUCGAUGCCCGACAGCACUCUCGACGAGGUCGACGGCCACCGUCUGCGGAAGAAGUACACCGUCACCACCGUCACCACGGUGACCACCACGACCAUCCUCUUACCCAAGAUGCAGGAGGCAUUUAUUUUCCCCUCCAUGACCUCACACCAGAUGGAGCAGCAGCCGCAGCCGUAUCCGACGAUCACGAACGGGCAGCCACGACUCUCAAGGCAGCAGCAACCGGAAGAUCGUGUCUACCAAAUUCACUCUACCAGCACCUCCGCCAGCGCCUCACCGGACCGCAACAAACCGCUGCAGCCCGGCAGCCACAACCAACAGCACAGCCUUAACGGGCAGCGUCUCGUGGCGGCGCCGUCGCCGUACGGCACUGACGGACCCAACACGCAGACCUGGACAUUCAACCAACAAACGGCGAACGAGGUCACUACGGAGGAGCGCCGCGGCCGGCUGCCCACCUUGGAGGAGCUGGGGAUCGCAAGUUACUUCGGGAAGGACGGCGCUCCGUCGCAGCAGCCACGACCACAGCGUCGGGCGGCACCAUACACUCCGUCAGACCGUCGAGGCAGCGGGCCGCAACAGCAGCCAUGGAUCGCAUCUGAGACUCGCCACGAGGUCGAGGGCGGGAAGCGCUACUAUUAG